AUGCUUUCAAGGUUGAUUCUUUUUCUUCUCGCAGUCGCCAUAACAUUUUCCACACCGGCCCCACCAAGCAAAAGAAUCACAUCUAAACUAGUUCCAUUUAAGUCACCGUUAUUCCAAAACCGUGAUGGUUCUCAAGUUCAUGGAAAACCGCCUAAUGAAUUACAUCCCCUGAAGACCCCACAAGCGACACCUAGACGUCAAAGAUCUCCAAUAAAUCUACCAGGUCGACAAAAGACACCACCAACUGCAGCUCCAUCAAAAGGUGCAAAAGCUCCACCACCGGCUACAAAACCAGGUCAAAAGAUUCAACCUGCUCCUCAACAACGUCAAAAAGUUCCUAAAAAUCCACAAGCUUCCCAACCGGGGCAACAACCAGGACCGAAAAAACCAGGUUCUACAAGUAAAGUAAAUUACUAUUAUGAACCAUUACCCUUUCCUGAAUGGUUGUCUGAAUUUACUGGAUUAUAUGAAUGGCCAGGAGUUGAUCCACCAUAUAUUCCGUUAGAUUUUAUAAAUUUUUAUGAUAUUCCUGAUAUUCCACUACAUGAUCAAGCCGAAUGUCAAGCACCAAUGUUACGUUCUCCCUUGAGUUGUUCAUUUGAUUGUUACAAUUGUGUUGAAUUUGAUGAUGUUUAUACUUGUCCUCAAUUAUCACAAACUUUUGAUGAUGGGCCACUGCCCAGUACGUUGAAAUUAUUGGAUAAAUUUGGUUCAACCAAGACUACCUUGUUUACAUUGGGGGUUAAUAUUGUUCGAUUUCCGGAAAUUUAUCGUGAAUCUCAUUAUAGAGGUCAUAUUAUGGGUUCACAUACUUGGAGUCAUAAAUUCUUACCGUCAUUAUCUAAUCCAGAAAUUAUAGCACAAAUUCAAUGGAGUAUUUGGGCCAUGAAUGCAACUGCUGGCCAUUUACCUAAAUGGUUUAGACCCCCCUAUGGAGGAAUUGAUAAUCGAAUUCGAGCAAUUUUGAGACAAUUUGGCAUGCAAGCUGUUUUAUGGGAUUUUGAUACUUUUGAUUGGAAGAUGUUGGAUAGUUCUAAUAAUCGAAAUGAAGGUGAUAUAUAUCAUGAUGUUCGGAAAUUUAAAGAAAAGAAUGGAGGAAAGGGGUUGAUAUUGGAGCAUGAUGCGAUAGAGAGAACUGUGGAUGUUGGGAUGGAAAUACAUGAUAUUUUAGGUGGGGAAGGGUUGACUGUGCCUGAGUGCGUGGGAGGUCUUGAUUAUAUAAAAACGUUUCAAUAG